AACAAAGUAUUGUGAGUGAGAAAGAAAGCUCAUCAAACCUUAACACAUACACUAGUCACUCACAUGCAAAGUUUUGGAGAACACAACUUGAACCAUUUCUUAACCUAACCUUGUGACAACAUCUUCUGUUAGGUUUUGUCAUGCAUGUGACAUAGAAAACACAACAAUUAUUAUAGAAUUAUAUUCUUUGUUUAAUAGAAAUGUAAUUUUAAUAUUGAGCUACCAAGUUCUCUUACUCUUCUAUAUAAAUUGGAGGCAUGCACCAACCACAUAGCCAAGAGUUAAAGCUAACCUGGUUAAGGAGUGCUUGAUUUCUAAGUCGUAACCAAAAAAAAAUGUGGGAAAGGGGUUCAGUUUCAAUUCCUCUAGAUACUAGCUACCAAAAUAAAAGGAAGAUAGAAAACUGAAAUUACCAAAAUAACCCCAAGAAAGAGAGAAACUAGUAUAUCCAUGGAUCCACCAAAGAAAUCUAACAAGAUCAAGGACAUUGUUAGGCUUCAACAGAUCCUCAAGAAAUGGAGAAGGAUUGCCAACUCUUCAAAAUCAAGUGACAACAACAACAACAACAACAACAACAACAACAACAAUCAUAGCGGCAGCACCAGCAGUAAAAGCAUUAAGUUUCUGAAAAGGACACUUUCUUUGUCCGAGCGUGACAAAGGAUCGUCAAGCAAUGCGGUUCCAAAAGGCUACUUAGCUGUUUGCGUCGGACUAGAGCUCAAGAGAUUUGUCAUACCAACUGUAUAUUUGGGUCACCAAGCCUUUCACAUGUUGCUAAGAGAAGCUGAAGAAGAGUUCGGGUUUGAGCAGACCGGCGUUCUGAGGAUUCCUUGUGAAGUAUCUGUGUUCGAGAGUGUCCUGAAGAUGGUGGAGGAAAAGGACAAGUUUUCGGCUCACAAUUGCGGAUUAUUCAGUGUAGAAAAGAUGAUGAUGGGGUACUGCUCCUUCAAUCAGCUUACUUAUUCACAUCAUCCUCAAAGUCCUAUGUGCAGAUAGAUAUAUAGAUAGAUAGAUAGAUAGAUAGUAUAGGAAUCUGACAUUGUCCAUUUUUUUUUAUAAUGUUCUUUCUAUCUGAAAGUGAAAGUUAAAGUGAAAGUGAGGGAGAGUGAUUUAACUAGAUGUAAGAUAAUCCCUUUUGGGGUAUUAUGAAGCAAAUAAUGGUUGUUUUAUAGAAGUGCUACUCUUGUCAUGGGGGUUCGGCUAUAUUUUUACGUUGGUUGCCGAAGACCUAACACAACCCUCCUCCUUUAUCCGGGCUUGGGACCGGCUAUGUACCGCACGUGUA